GAGGUGUGCAGACAUAUUUUGUAAAAGCUAACAUGGAGAGUAUACCGCGUAUUUAUGGAUCCUAGUCAUCGGAAGGUUUGUGCUUAAACGGUUGGUGAAUACUGUAGUCUACUCAAAGUAAUUACGAUGGGGUUACUGACAAUAUUGAAGAAGAUGAAACAGAAGGAAAAGGAAGUUCGACUAUUGAUGCUAGGUUUGGAUAAUGCAGGCAAAACCACAAUCCUAAAGAAAUUCAACGGAGAAGAUAUCAACACAAUUUCACCAACUCUGGGCUUCAAUAUAAAAACAUUAGAACAUAGAGGAUUUAAAUUAAACAUUUGGGAUGUUGGAGGCCAAAAAUCACUACGGUCAUAUUGGAGAAAUUAUUUUGAAAGUACAGAUGGUCUUAUAUGGGUAGUAGACAGUGCAGACAGGCGAAGAUUAUCUGACUGUAAAGAAGAGUUACACCAGUUAUUAGUUGAAGAGAGGUUAGCAGGUGCAACAUUAUUAGUAUUUGCAAACAAGCAAGAUUUACCAGGUGCAUUACCUGCAGAAGAAAUCAAAGAGGCUUUAGAAUUGGACCUUAUUAAGACGCAUCACUGGUUAAUUCAAGGUUGUAGUGCUGUGACUGGUGAAAAUUUACUACAAGGAAUGGACUGGAUCAUACAAGACAUUUCUUCGAGAAUUUUUACUAUGGAUUGAGCUCAUUUAAAGAUAAUGUACUAACAUUAUUGCCAGCGAAGUAUCAUAAAAUAAGCAAAGAGUGUACUAGUUGGUAUCACCCUUCGAAAUUGUUUAAAAUUUGCAAGGUGAAUUUAUUAUAGAGUUGAAAAGUUUUCAAAGGAGACAAUAUUUUAAAUUAUGUGCAGAAAGAAAAGUGAUGACAAUGAGUUCUUUGCAGUACUGCCUUUGUCAUAGAAAUAUUCAACAUCUGAACAAAGCUAGUUUUAUGUAACUUUCAUCAUCAAAAUUUUAAUUGUAAAUUAUUUCUUAAAAGUUCUUUGUUCCAGAAUGCUGUAAAAUAUAACACUUGCAUUGUGUAAGAUAAAGAUGCAAGCUACUUAUGGGUCUUGUUUUGUAAAUAAUCUUAAUCGUAUAAUUAUAUAGUCAAGUCAGUGUGGACAAAGACCCCAUUCCCAUAUAUAUUUAGAUCGAUCUUUCCCCCUGGGGAGUCUCACUAGAUUGGAGUCAGCUUAACUGGCUUAAAUGUCUGUCCUGCCUACUAAAAGCUGUAAGGGGGUAAUUAACUGUCGUGCACGCUCGGCUGACAGCAAUUUAGCUUGAACCCCCAGGGAGUUAGGUGGAUCCAGAUGGAUCGAUCUAAAUAUCUGGGAAUGCUCUCAAAAUCACAUUCCUGCAUAAGCAUUGCAGCACAAUGUCACCUGCUGUCUCAACAGACACAAUAAAGAUUAUAUACACCUAAAA